AUGCGCUUCUUCGUUCUAUCUUCGCUCCUUUUGGCCUCGUUGGCCCUUAGCCAGGCACAGUCCGCUGGCGUCGACAGACACAGAUCGAGGGCGGCUCCGCUGGUCUUCGAGGAGCAUCCCUACUAUGGCGGCCUGAGGGGUCAGCUCCUGCAGCUCCGUCCACAACGGGACGGCAGUGUGGGCAGCUUCAUCCUGCAGCGCCAGCAGCCGCAGGUUAGGGCUGUUACCAGGGACUCCGACGACACCAUCACCAUCUCCGCGGCCAGCAUAUCGGCCAUUGCCGAUGGAAGUUCGGGAUCUAGCAGCACCAGCUCCAGCUCAAUCUCGGCCAGCGCCAGUGACUUCAACCGAAUUCAACUGGCCGCCGCUCGCCUGGUGGCCAUUCAGGAGUUGGCCAAGAGGAAGGGUUCCUUCAGCGAGGAGGACAACAAGGUCUAUGCCAGCAGCCUGCUGGAACUCGGUCAGGCAGCCCAGAGCUUGGCUCUGCUCCAGCAGACCGGUCAGAUCAAGGACUUCAGUGUCCUGUUGCAGCCGGAUCUCUUCGCCAUUCCCCAGAAGCAACCCUCGAACUUUGGCUUGGAGGCCAGCAGUGGUAAUAAUCCAGCGGACCAGAAGAUCGAUGAGCAGAAACUGGAUGAGGUCACCGAGCAGCAGUUCUCGCCGGAUGAGCAGUUCCUGCCGCCCAACAGCGAGGAUCCCUACGAGGAUGUCAACGACAGUGUCGCCGUGAUGGCUCCCAAGAAGGAUGCCGCAGUGGCCGAGGCCAAGCCAGUGGGUCUCUCGAUUGCCGGCGAGGGUGGCGUAGCCUCCUCGAAGCCAAAUGCCGUGGCUCUUUCCGGCAGGAAUGGCUUGGCCGUUGCCUCACCCAAGGCCACCGCAAUUGCUGGCGUUUCCCCGGAAGAGGCAGCUGCCUUCAGCAUCUCUCUGCCCACUCGCAACCAGCUGGUGAUCAAGAGCCCCAACUCCGCAUCUGAGAAGGCCAGUGAUGACUACGAUUACAACGAUGUACCUUUGACCAUGGCCCGCUUCCCGUUGACCCGCGAAACCCCGCAGCAGCUUGUCCCUGUUCGAAUUUCUGGAGGAGAUGCUCUCGUGGAUCGGUGGCGCACUGCAAUUGCCGAGGAUUAUGCUGCCCGUCAGGCUCAGGCCAAGGUGGCCAUGGCCAUGGCUUCACCAACACCCUACAUUCGAAUGGGCCCUAAGCGACGCCUGCACUCGGAAUAA